AGCGGUUACACAUACCGUCAUCGGUAUAGGCGCUCACGGUGCUCAUACCAUCACUACGUGGCAGCUAAAUCCAUCAUAUGUUCGAUGCCGAUCCGCACAUAUUAUAAAACGAGCGAAGUUUUAUAACAUCCCUGUUCUCCAGCUCCAGUUACUUCGUCUCCGAGGCUUGACAGAUGUUCCUUUCCCCUUUGAACAGGACAAGAAAAUGCCGUCUCUCAUGACAUUGAAUCCGCCAUCCCCUUCUCCGUCCAUUUUCAAGGAGAAAGAAUCACUCAGCCAGUUAUCAUCGAUAACGACGGCGGUGUCAUAUCUUUCUGCUAUUCAACGAGCAGAGUCUCGCGCUCGCACUCGCGACAACCCCCACGAGACACCAACCCCUGCACUUUCCCUCUCCUCCUCUAUUACGACUUCAUCCGAAGACAUCGCCUUCAAUGAGGAUGAUGAAAACAACUGUCUCGUGAAUCCCCAUACGCCGCCCACGUCUGAGCAGGUCUUCACUACCCCCCACACAGAGUUUGGUCAUUGUGCGAAUGAAGCCUAUCGUUGUGUUUCUAAGCAUGACUACACGAGGCCGUUCCAGGUGCACACCAUUGAGGAGCCCCCAUACUAUAUUCACUUCGCCACCUACAUAAGCUUCCUCAUUCUCCAUAUGUUGGGUCAUUUGCGUGACUUCUUUGGAAAGCGUUUUGCCAAAUCUCAUUUCACCCACCUUAUGCCCCAUAAUGGUUAUGCGCCGUUGAACUCAGAUUUUGAUUCCUUCUUCCCUCGACGGCUGAAGCGUCGCAUGGAUGACUGCUACGGCCAACCUAUCACAGGUGUCCCCGGCCGCACUGUUCUCAUCCUUGACCGUUAUUCCCCUGAUUACAACCAUACCCAGGUCUACACCGGUGGCAAGACACGCGCCCUGAACAUCUCAUCAUACAACUACCUCGCCUUUUCCCAGGGCCGCGGCAGCUGGGCAGAUGCAGUCACGGAGAGCAUCCGUCGAUAUGGCGUCUCCAGCUGCGGUACACGUCUUGACAGUGGGAGCAACGAUCUUCAUGUGUCCGCCGAAGCUCUUAUUGCACAUUUUUUGGGCACCGAAGACGCGUUGGUCUGUUCUAUGGGAUUCGCCACCAACUCUACUUUCAUCCCUGGACUUGCGGGGAAGGGGUCCUUGAUCAUUUCUGACGAGCUGAACCACACUAGUAUGCGGGUUGGAAUACGCCAGAGUGGUGCGGAGGUCCGGAUAUUCAAGCACAAUAAUAUGUCAAGUCUCGAGUCCCUGCUGCGUGAGGUGAUAAGCCAGGGCCAGCCCAAAACGCAUCGUGCGUGGAAGAAUAUCUUAGUCAUUGUCGAGGGUUUGUACUCCAUGGAGGGGACGCUCGUGAACCUGCCUAGGAUUGUCGAGCUGAAACAGAAGUACAAAUUCUACCUCUACAUUGAUGAGGCGCACUCGAUCGGUUCGCUCGGUUCUCGGGGACGGGGUGUGACGGACUACUUCAACGUCCCUCCUGGUUCAAUUGAUGUUCUGAUGGGCACGUUUAGCAAGGGUUUUGGUGCUGCUGGAGGAUACAUCGCAGGGUCGAAACCCCUGAUUGAUGCUCUCCGCCUGCGCAGUCACUCAGGUCCGUAUGCGGAAGCUAUAACUCCAUCCGUGAUCACACAGGUUGUUGUGUCGAUGGCCAGCAUUAUGGGCGUCGCUCCGGCACCACAACCCACCAAAUCCACGCUUUUUCCUAGCCUUGAUAGCUCAAUCGUCGCGCCGAAGGAAAGUGCAGAAGAGCUCCCAGGAAUGGCGCCUGCAAGCAUGCUGCCGACGUGGAUGAACCUUCGUCCGUCUCUGGCGGACGGAUCUGAAGCUCGCGUGCGUAUGCGCCGCCUUGCCUUCAACUGCCGUUAUCUCCACAUGGGCCUCAAAAAACUCGGCUUCAUCGUCUAUGGACAUGCCUCCAGCCCGAUUGUUCCUUUGCUUAUCUUUAACCCGGGCAAAUUGCCCCUAUUCGUGCGUAUGAUGCGUGCGCGUCCCAUACCAAUCGUUGUCGUUGUCGUUACGUACCCCGCCACUUCAUUUGAGACGGGUCGUGUGCGGCUCUGUCCUAGCGCAUCGCACACGAAAGAGGAUAUCGAUAUCGUGUUACGGGCGUGCGACGAGGUGGGCGGAAUUCUGGACAUGAAACAUGGUUCAUGCGAGCGGUGGGGAAUUGAUGAAGUCUGUGAGCGCGCAGUGGAGCUUGUGCACUCUGUGUGAACGCCUGCAUGGCUGUCUCGUCUGGUAUCUGCCCGGCAUCUAUUUAUUUGUCACUCCCCGCUGGCCGACAUUCGAGCGGAGCAUUCACGGAUCAUUGCACAUAUCGUUCAAUUUCGGUGAGAUACUACAUUGACAAUUCGAGGACCAUUGGCGCGCUGUUUGCUUGUACAACGAUAAAAUAUGAUGCAUUAUAUUUCACAACAGUACUUACAGCUUU